AAGAAUCGCUGUAUUUCACACCCAUCGACAUCUCAAAGUCCUUCUUCGUUCCCCACUAAUGAUGUGUUGUGUGCUGAUGCUCGUGAGACUAUGACAUUUAGAAAAACAGCAGACCCCGCUACAAAGGCCCUUGACAAUUGCCGUGAGAAAGAGAGUAAGAUCAGUCAGGGUUCAGAUCUUACACCAGGGCAGAGACCAGAGCAACAACUUGACCUUUCAUCUGGAAGUCUUAAAAGCAGCCUCUCAUCGAAGCACAGCUCCAUCGGGAGGAAGAGCAGAGAGGGCGGAGAGUCACAGCAUACUCCCACUGUUGACAGAGGAAAUGUGAAUACAUUGAACAAGAAGGUAAAGGGACAUCUAUCUACUCUGGAGCACACCCCGAAGAACCAGGACUCUCCUGUCCCCCAAACACAAGAUCAUGGUCUCAGCCCGAGCCCACUUCAGCUCUCCAGCUCACACUCUGCUGAAAGCUUUGACAUACGGCGCAGGAGACCAGAUUCUGACUGUGUGUCUAAGACUGUCAGUGCAGUGGCAGCAGGUCUGUGCGACUGUCUGCAGUUCCCAGUCCUGAGAAGGAGAAGCCUAGUGGCAGAGAGCAGAGAGGUGCUCUUGAAAGCGCUACGGGAGCGGCACGGACCCCGGCUUCAGGAGAACCUCCUUGAGGUGCAGCGAUGCCUUACCUUUGUUACUGAUCCCACAAAGGACGUCCAGGAUCAGGAGCCCACCAUGGUAGAUGAAGAUGAGCUCCUGACUAAAGCAUUUCAAGCCAACGCUGCCAGUCAGCCACCUUUAGACACUCAGAAAACCACAUCUCUCAAACUGAUGAGAAGUGGGCAUUUUAACUGGAAGUCCAGUCCACAGCUACACCAAAACAUGAAACAGGCUGCUGAAUGGUUGACAAGACCUGUGGAGACUUCGGUGAGCCUUUUGGAUGAUAUCCUCAGAUCUACUUCCUCUCCUGAGUUCUGCAUGGACUUUGAGCCCUCUGGAGUUAAAGCCAGUGAUCAUUUGUUCGCUCCCUCUGCCACAUCAUGCUGGGGAGAAAAUGCCUCAGCAUCUCAACACUGGGAAGACAGAUUCAACAAGGCAAAGAGCAAUGAGAAUGUUAUGUUUGGUUCUUUUUUGAACCACAACAGAGUAUUUACAGAGAGGAGCAGCAGGUCUCAAUAUCGCGGCAACAUCCAGCCUUUGUUUCCUUACCAAGCACAGCUGCCACAUAGAAAUUCAGAACAACCAAUGCACCCUCCCCGGGAGCAAGACCCAUUUGAAACUGACAGAAACUCUUUCGCUCCCUUCUUCUCUGCCCAAAUCUGCCAUCCUCAGCAGAGCACCAACUUCCAGCCCUUCAGCCAAUUCAGUCACCCUUCAGCUUGUCCUCCCCUCAGGUCCCAUCACACUGACAUGAUGCAUUACCCCCCAUCUCACAUGAUUGAAAGAGACCCAGCACAUCCUCUAUCUUCUUUCCCCAGUCCUGAGCUCUGGUUCUUCCCCCCUAUGAGACUGUACUAAAGUGUGGUGAAGCACUCCAUAGGGACAUGUGAACAUUUCUUUGUCUAACUAAAAAAAUAGAAUUAUCUCGAGACUUUUUGUUCACAGUCAGCAACAAUAUGUGUUGUGUGCCUAUAUUUUAUUAAAAAACACAGUAUUAAAUGUAAUGGCAACAGCUGUCAUCUCAAGAGUUAACUCUUUUAUUCUUUUGUCCCAUUUGUGCUGUGAUAAAGAAACACACAAUUAUGUAUUGUUUGCAUCCUUGGAGCAUUUUUUAUGCAGAACUGUAUAUUAACACAUAUCUUCAACAACACAGGUGCUAUAUUUUUUUACAGACCAAGAAUCUUAGCCAAGA